CCGUCAAGAGCACAUUGGGCCGUUCUCUCGCUCCCCCAAGUCGUAACAAUUCAUCUUGCUUGUCGAUUGAUGUUCCGUAGCUGAUAAAUGUCUACCUAGAAGGUACGGGAGGACUAUACUCAUCCAAGACCUGAUCACCCAGAGAAAAAGAGCAAAGGGCGGCCAAUCAUCAUGCCAUUUGCCACCAUCAACUCUCAUGAGUUGCAUUACACGGACAUUGCUCCAUCCAGCAGCAGCGGCGGUAGAGAGGUAUCAACAGUGACGUUGCUAUUCGUCCACGGGCUCGGGUCUACACAAAACUACUAUUUCCCCAUCUUCCCUUACCUGACCUCCUUUCGCUGCGUCAUCUUCGACAACUACGGGGCGGGUCGAUCCAAGUACGUCCCAGGGACCGAGACGUCGGUCUCGGCCAUGGCCAAAGACGUGACCGGUCUCAUGGACCAUCUCAAAGUCGAAAAGGCCGUCGUGAUUGGUUAUUCCAUGGGUGGCAUGGUGCCGUCGUACCUGGCGGCGACGUGUCCGGAGCGUGUCGCCGCGGGGAUAUGUAUAGGUCCCGUCCACCCGAACGAGACGGUUGCCAACGUCUUCAAGCAACGCAUCCCGGUUGUACAAAAGGACGGCAUGGAAGCCAUGGCCAACACGAUUCCAAAUACAGCCACGGGUCCCAAUGCGACAGCGACACAAAAGGGAUUCAUUCGGGAGAUGUUGAUGGCUCAGGAUCCCGAGGGUUAUUGUGCGAAUUGCAAGGCCAUCGAACUUGCCACACCGCCCAAUUAUGCUGCGGUCAAAUGUCCCAUGCUCAUCGUCGCCGGCGAGGUCGACAAGAGUGCGCCGUUGGCUUGGUGCCAGACGAUAUUUGAACGCUUGGGGACGGACAACAAGGGAAAACGGUUAGAGGUCUUGAAGGGGGUUGGUCAUUGGCAUUGCGUCGAAGCUCCUGAUGAAGUCGGGCCUCUUGUGCGUGGAUUUGUCGAAGAACUACCAUAGACGAAGAAGGAGGGAAAGGGAAGUUUGUUAAAAGGGAGAUAGAUGCUCUGACAGUACAUAUGAAAAAUCACUCGCUCGCUC